AUGUCGGGAGCCUCAGUGAAGGUGGCUGUGCGGGUUCGGCCCUUCAAUUCUCGAGAGACCAGCAAAGAGUCCAAGUGCAUCAUUCAGAUGCAAGGCAACUCGACCAGUAUUAUUAACCCAAAGAACCCAAAGGAAGCUCCAAAGUCCUUCAGUUUCGACUACUCCUACUGGUCGCACACCUCGCCUGAAGAUCCCUGUUUUGCAUCUCAAAACCGCGUGUACAAUGACAUUGGAAAGGAAAUGCUCUUACAUGCCUUUGAGGGCUAUAAUGUCUGUAUUUUUGCCUACGGGCAGACUGGUGCUGGGAAAUCUUAUACAAUGAUGGGUAAACAAGAAGAAAGCCAGGCUGGCAUCAUUCCACAGUUGUGUGAAGAACUGUUCGAGAAAAUCAACGACAACUGUAAUGAAGAAAUGUCUUACUCUGUAGAGGUGAGCUACAUGGAAAUUUACUGUGAAAGAGUACGAGACCUGCUGAAUCCAAAAAACAAGGGUCAUUUGCGUGUGCGUGAACAUCCGCUUCUUGGCCCGUAUGUGGAGGAUCUGUCCAAGCUGGCAGUCACUUCCUACACAGACAUUGCUGACCUCAUGGAUGCUGGGAACAAAGCCAGGACAGUGGCAGCUACCAACAUGAAUGAAACAAGUAGCCGUUCCCAUGCUGUGUUUACCAUUGUUUUCACCCAGAAGAAACAUGAUACUGAGACCAACCUUUCCACUGAGAAGGUCAGUAAAAUCAGCUUGGUGGAUCUAGCAGGAAGUGAACGAGCUGAUUCCACUGGUGCCAAAGGGACUCGAUUAAAGGAAGGAGCAAAUAUUAAUAAGUCUCUUACAACUCUGGGCAAAGUCAUUUCAGCCUUGGCAGAGGUGAGUAAGAAGAAAAAGAAAACUGAUUUUAUUCCCUACAGGGAUUCUGUACUUACUUGGCUCCUUCGGGAAAAUUUAGGUGGUAAUUCUCGGACUGCAAUGGUUGCUGCUCUGAGCCCAGCAGAUAUCAACUAUGAUGAAACUUUGAGCACUUUGAGAUAUGCAGAUCGUGCAAAGCAAAUUAAAUGCAAUGCUGUUAUCAACGAGGACCCCAAUGCCAAACUGGUUCGUGAAUUGAAGGAGGAGGUGACGCGGCUGAAGGACCUUCUUCGUGCUCAGGGACUGGGAGAUAUUAUCGAUACGUCCAUGGGGUCUCUUACUUCAUCUCCAUCUUCCUGCUCACUCAGUAGUCAGGUGGGCUUAACAUCUGUGACCAGUAUUCAGGAGAGGAUCAUGUCUACACCUGGAGGAGAGGAAGCCAUUGAACGCCUAAAGGAAUCGGAGAAGAUCAUUGCUGAGCUGAAUGAAACCUGGGAAGAGAAGCUGCGUAAAACAGAGGCCAUCAGAAUGGAGAGAGAGGCCUUGUUGGCUGAGAUGGGAGUUGCCAUUCGAGAAGACGGAGGAACCCUGGGAGUUUUCUCACCGAAGAAGACCCCACAUCUGGUUAACCUCAAUGAAGACCCACUCAUGUCCGAGUGCCUGCUUUAUUACAUCAAAGAUGGAAUUACCAGGGUUGGCCAAGCAGAUGCUGAGCGGCGCCAGGACAUCGUGCUGAGUGGGGCUCACAUUAAAGAAGAACAUUGUAUCUUCCGGAGCGAGAGAAACAACAGUGGGGACGUUAUCGUGACCCUAGAGCCCUGUGAACGCUCAGAGACCUAUGUAAAUGGCAAGAGGGUGGCCCAGCCCGUUCAGCUGCGCUCAGGAAACCGUAUCAUCAUGGGUAAAAAUCAUGUGUUUCGUUUCAACCACCCGGAGCAAGCACGGGCAGAGCGAGAGAAGACUCCUUCUGCGGAGACCCCCUCUGAGCCUGUGGACUGGACGUUUGCCCAGAGAGAACUUCUGGAAAAACAAGGGAUUGAUAUGAAGCAGGAGAUGGAGAAAAGGCUACAGGAGAUGGAGAUCCUGUACAAAAAGGAGAAAGAAGAAGCAGAUCUUCUUUUGGAGCAGCAGAGACUGGACUAUGAGAGUAAGUUGCAGGCCUUGCAGAAGCAAGUUGAGACCCGCUCCCUCGCUGCCGAGACAACGGAAGAGGAGGAAGAGGAGGAAGAAGUCCCUUGGACACAACAUGAAUUUGAGCUGGCCCAGUGGGCCUUCCGGAAAUGGAAGUCUCACCAGUUUACUUCAUUAAGGGACUUACUCUGGGGCAAUGCUGUUUACCUGAAGGAGGCCAACGCCAUCAGUGUGGAACUGAAGAAGAAGGUGCAGUUCCAGUUCGUUCUGCUGACCGACACCUUGUACUCGCCUCUGCCUCCAGAGUUACUUCCCACUGAGGUGGAAAAAACUCACGACGACAGGCCUUUCCCGCGGACGGUGGUGGCGGUAGAAGUGCAGGAUCUGAAGAAUGGAGCGACACAUUAUUGGUCUUUGGAGAAACUCAAGCAGAGGCUGGAUUUGAUGCGAGAGAUGUAUGACAGAGCAGGUGAGGUGGCCUCUGGUGCCCAGGAUGAAAGCGAAGCCACCGUGACUGGCAGCGAUCCAUUUUAUGAUCGAUUCCAUUGGUUCAAAUUGGUAGGAAGCUCCCCCAUUUUCCACGGCUGUGUGAACGAGCGCCUUGCGGACCGCACACCCUCCCCCACUUUUUCCACGGCCGACUCCGACGUCACUGAGCUGGCUGACGAGCAGCAAGACGACAUGGAGGAUUUUGAGGAUGAGGCGCUCGUGGACGACACCGGCUCUGACGCAGGGACGGAGGAGGGAUCAGAGCUCUUCAGUGACGGGCAUGACCCGUUUUACGACCGAUCCCCAUGGUUCAUUUUAGUGGGAAGGGCAUUUGUUUACCUGAGCAACCUGCUGUAUCCUGUGCCCCUGAUUCACAGGGUGGCCAUUGUCAGUGAGAAGGGUGAAGUGCGGGGAUUUCUGCGUGUGGCUGUGCAGGCCAUUGCAGCGGAUGAGGAAGCUCCUGAUUAUGGCUCCGGAAUUCGACAAUCAGGAACAGCUAAAAUAUCUUUUGAUAACGAGUACUUUAAUCAGAAUGACUUUUCUUCCGUGGCAAUGACUCGUUCUGGUCUGUCUCUGGAGGAACUGAGGAUUGUGGAAGGGCAGGGUCAGAGUUCUGAGGUCAUCACUCCUCCAGAAGAAAUCAAUCGAAUGAAUGACUUGGAUUUGAAGUCAAGCACUUUGCUGGAUGGUAAGAUGGUCAUGGAAGGGUUUUCUGAAGAGAUUGGCAACCACCUGAAACUGGGCAGCGCCUUCACUUUCCGCGUGACAGUGCUACAGGCCAGUGGGAUCCUUCCGGAGUACGCAGACAUCUUCUGUCAGUUCAACUUUUUGCAUCGCCACGAUGAAGCGUUCUCCACCGAACCCCUCAAAAACAACGGCAGAGGAAGUCCUCUGGGCUUUUAUCACGUGCAGAAUAUUGCAGUGGAGGUCACUGAAUCAUUCGUGGACUAUAUCAAAACCAAGCCGAUAGUAUUUGAAGUCUUUGGGCAUUAUCAGCAGCACCCGCUUCAUCUGCAAGGACAGGACCUUAACAGCCCGCCUCAGCCAUCUCGACGCUUCUUCCCUCCGCCCAUGCCGCUCUCCAAGCCAGUUCCAGCUACCAAGUUAAACACCAUGAGCAAAACCAGCCUUGGCCAGAGCAUGAGCAAGUACGAUCUUCUGGUUUGGUUUGAGAUCAGUGAACUGGAGCCUACAGGAGAGUACAUCCCAGCCGUGGUUGACCACACAGCAGGCUUGCCCUGCCAGGGGACAUUUUUGCUUCACCAGGGCAUCCAGCGAAGGAUCACGGUGACCAUUAUCCAUGAGAAGGGGAGUGAGCUCCAUUGGAAGGAUGUUCGUGAGCUGGUGGUAGGCCGGAUCAGGAACAAGGCUGAAGUGGAUGAGGCUGCGGUCGAUGCUAUCCUCUCCCUAAAUAUUAUCUCUGCCAAGUACCUGAAGUCCUCCCACAACUCCAGCAGGACCUUCUACCGUUUCGAGGCCGUGUGGGACAGCUCCCUCCAUAACUCUCUCCUUCUGAACCGAGUGACACCCUAUGGGGAAAAGAUCUACAUGACCUUGUCAGCAUACCUAGAGCUGGAUCAUUGCAUCCAGCCGGCGGUCAUCACCAAAGAUGUGUGCAUGGUCUUCUACUCUCGGGACGCCAAGAUCUCGCCGCCACGCUCUCUGCGCAGCCUCUUUGGCAGUGGCUACUCGAAGUCACCGGACUCCAAUCGUGUCACUGGAAUUUAUGAACUCAGUCUAUGCAAAAUGGCAGACACGGGCAGUCCAGGCAUGCAGAGAAGGAGAAGAAAAAUCUUGGAUACGUCAGUGGCCUAUGUGCGGGGAGAAGAGAACUUAGCAGGCUGGCGGCCCCGCGGGGACAGCCUCAUCCUUGAGCACCAGUGGGAGUUGGAGAAGCUGGAGCUCCUUCACGAGGUGGAGAAAACUCGCCACUUCCUGCUGCUGCGCGAGAGACUUGGUGACAGCAUCCCCAAAUCCCUGAGUGACUCACUGUCCCCCAGCCUCAGCAGUGGGACCCUCAGCACCUCCACCAGCAUCUCCUCUCAGAUCUCUACCACCACCUUUGAAAGUGCCAUCACCCCCAGCGAGAGCAGCGGCUACGACUCCACGGACAUCGAAAGCCUGGUGGAUCGAGAGAAGGAGCUGGCUACCAAGUGCCUGCAACUUCUCACGCACACUUUCAACCGGGAAUUCAGCCAGCUGCAUGGCAGCAUCAGUGACUGUAAGCUGUCUGAUGUCUCUCCUAUCGGACGGGAUCCGUCCGUGUCCAGCUUCAGCAGUGCCACCCUCACUCCCUCCUCCACCUGCCCUUCUCUGGUAGAAGCUCGGAGCAACUCUCAGGAGCAGAAGACCCCAGAAGCCAAUUCCCGGGCCUCUAGUCCCUGCCCAGAAUUUGAACAGUUUCAGAUUGUCCCAACUGUGGAAACGCCCUAUUUGGCCCGUGCAGGAAAAAAUGAAUUUCUCAAUCUUGUUCCAGAUAUUGAAGAAAUUAGACCAGGCUCAGUGGUCUCUAAGAAAGGAUACCUGCAUUUCAAGGAACCGCUUUAUAGCAACUGGGCUAAACAUUUCGUCGUGGUCCGUCGCCCUUAUGUCUUCAUCUAUAACAGCGACAAAGACCCAGUGGAGCGUGGCAUCAUUAACCUGUCCACAGCACAGGUGGAAUACAGUGAGGACCAGCAGGCCAUGGUGAAGACACCUAACAUCUUUGCUGUAUGCACGAAGCAUCGUGGGGUCCUUCUACAGGCUCUCAAUGACAAAGACAUGAACGACUGGUUGUAUGCCUUUAACCCACUGCUUGCUGGCACGAUACGGUCGAAACUGUCCCGCAGGUGCCCGAGCGAACCGAAGUACUAA